GGGCCGAUGGAGAGCGCCGCCGAGGAGACGCCGCCCCCCGGCCCGGACAACAGUGCCCGCGGGAAGGCCGCAGGAAGAUGCGAAGGGGAUGAUGAGGACUGUCCUGCCUCGCCGUACGCAGAAGAUACAGGAACAUCGCAGCUGCAGUUUGGAGUUCUGGAGCUCUCGCAGAGCCAGGACCUGGAGAGUGAUGUCACAUCUGAUGAAGAUGUUAGGAAUCAGCUUCACUCUGGAGCUGCUGUCUUUUCUUCUUCCAGAACUGUGAAGAAUGAUAUUAAGGAUGAACUGAAUGUGAAAAGCAGGGGAACUGACACCAGCAUAGAAACACAUUCUGCUUUGGAGGGCCAUCUGAAGGCAUUUAAAGGAACACUGCUGGGUGCAGAAGAACACUCCAGGGAAGCCAUGCCUGUCUCUGAUUCGCCUGAAACUGAGCAAUGCGCUGACCUGGGUCACGAGGAGUCGGAUAUCUUGUCGACUCAGGAAGAGAUGUUUCCUGAGAAUAAUGUGCCAGUUGCUGCAGGGAGUGACUGUCUUGUAACCAGAGUGGAAGAGGGAAGUUCUCUGGCAUGUACCCCUGCCCGCAGUCUGCACCUCCUGCAGCUCUCUGGACAGGGAUCCCUUGUGCAGGAGAGCUGUUCCACUGGCUCUCCAGGUGUAGUUGUUCCUUCUCCUGUUGGCCUAGCAUCCAAUGCUCUCAUCCCUGGCAGUCCUACUGAACAGGACCAAUCAGAAGAUGAACAUGUGGAUGUCUCUACCGCUGCUGAAGGAAGAGAGCUGGCGCAGAAGGGACAGAAGGAAAAGAGACUGAUGCAGGAGGAGCAGAAGAGAGAUGAGCUAGUGGAGAUGGUUAUUCCACCAGGGCCUCCUGUUUUGCCACAGGCUUCAACUCCAGUGUCCCAGACUGCCCCAGCCUUCUUUCCUGAAUCUUUACCUAUACCAUCACAACCAGUGUUCUCUCAUGAUAUUUUUGUUCCAACUCAGAGUCCAGAGAAGAACGUGGGAGAAGAAAAAGCUGCUGUUUCAACCUAUCCAUGUAUACCAGGAGACCUUUCUGGACCCGCAGAUACUUUGUCAAAGAUGCCUGUGGAAGACUCUGUGUCACAGCCUUCCGAGUCCUGCAAUCUGAUGCUUUCUGCAAGUGGAUGCAGCCAGCCCACAAACACACAAAUCAGUUCAGACUCUCUGAAAACUGGCCAUGAUAAUGAAGCUACGCAGAUCCAGGUAACUUCUGAAUGUAGCAUUUCAGACUUGAGACUCUCUUCUGUGGCGAAUGACAGCGGAAAAAUGAGGCUGGAUGCCGGACAUCAAGCCCUCUCUGAGAACUGUGAAAAACCAAAACAGGAGGAUAUACGUGCUGCAGGAAAGCCUGUAAUGCAGUUAGGUAGUACAGAAAUAGCAGGAGAUGAGACGUUAGACCCUACAGCCCAUCAGGCUCAUGGGUGUAUUUCUGGAAGUCAGGCUGCUGCAGAUCAGUCUUGCCCUGAGAUUUCAUCCUGUUGUGACAGAAGAGAAGCUCAGUUAAAGGAUUAUUCACUGAGAGACAGUUCUCAAUAUGAGGCAGUUCCUGAGACUCAGCCUGAAGAACAGGAAGAGAGGAUGCAUAUAGCAGAGAAGCAAAUGAAUGAAGACUACUCUCUUGUUAACACAAUUGUCUCUCAGAGGUUCCUUCUUGAAGGGAAGGCAGAGCACCACGAAGAGAUGGAAGUAGAAUUUGCUGGUGGUUCUUGUGAAAAUAGCAAAAAACUGUCUGAGACUCAAGGACUUGGAAAGAUUAGACUAGAAUGCUGCCAAAAAGAAACAUUAAAAGAUGGUACUUUUGGCACUGGAGAAGCAAAGAAUGUGGAUAAACUGUCCUCUAAAGCUGCUUCAGAAAGCAUGCCAAAGCUGAAUGAAGUGUUAUCUAAGCCUUCUGUAGGGGAGUUAUUAGAACAGCACAAUUUGUUUCCUAAAUUGAAGAUUGACAUUCCAUCUGAGAUGGCAUUGUGUGCCAAAAGCCAUGCACAAAGUUCAGAAUUACAUCAGAUAAUGGAGACUCAACCACAACAGCAAGAGAGGGAAGCUGACAUGCUGAUGACUCAGCAGGAGAAUCAGGUGCCAAAGAAUACAGUGAUUACUGCUAUGACAGUGAAUCUGGAGCAAGAAGAGCAGAUGCAGCCAGAGGAGCAGACAGCUAAGUCCCCCAGUCCUUCCAAUGGAACACCAUUUCAUUUCACUUUGCCAAAGGAGGGUGAUGCCAUUCAACCGCUGACCAGCGUAACACCACCUCUCACUGGCCAACUUAAAAUGGGACCUAGAAGACACAGCACACCAAUUGUGGAUGAUAAUUGUCCAGACAGCACGAUAGCAACUAGUGACGUUACAGCAGAGGGCACAAUGGGGACCAACAGUGUCACUGUGGAAAGUGCAGUGGUGUCAGCAGACGUGUCAGAAGUGUGUGAAAAAGGAGAUUCUUGUGCAGUUCCUGAGGCUGAUGUAAAACUCUCUCUACGAAUGAACCUUGUUACCCCCAUGAAUGAUGGGAGCGACGAGUCCCUACCAUUCAGCUUGGAAAAGCCUGCAGGCAGUGAUAGGAAAACUGGAUCUUCUGCUGCUGCCAGCUCUCAGAAAGCAUCAUCUGUAUUUAGUCGUGUCUGUGAAGUUCGGCGAGAGGAGGAGGCUAGAGACCACAGCCUUUCAGCUUCUCCACUUAGGGGAAAUCCACUCGGCUUUCCUGGCAUGGAAAAGAAUGCUGAAAUACGUGAAAAUCCUGGUGAUCAGCAACACAGAGCAGAUGACAGUGGUGAACAGCUCCUAAUACUUCAGGGCUGCCAUCAACAACCUUCUUGUACAGAACAGAAAGAGUCGGUGGAGGCUGGUAUUGUAAAAAUUCAGAUAGAAGAAGGGGCAAGAGUGCAGCAGAAACCAAGUAAGGUGGUUGCAGUUGAUGAAAGCCAAGGGAUGCAGCCAAGGGAUACCAAUAAUAAAGGAAUUCAAACUACAGCAGACUGUCUGUUUACCCCUGCAACUGUUACAACAGCAACGCAAACAGCAGAAGAAACUUAUAGGCGAGUGGAUGUGGGAACCAGUAUGUGUGGGCAAAGACCUGGGCGACAAGAUGUAAACAUCCAAACUGAGGAGGGUGGACAAAAGCUUGUGAAUACCCCUGCAGAGGACACAGACUCUCUACACAGUCAGGGAGAGGAUGAAUUUAACCUUCAUCCUCCCAGAGGUCAGGUUCAGCGUCGCCAUGUGCGAACUGUUCGAGAGGUGCGCACUGUGGUUACCCGUGUUAUAACAGAUGUUUACUACAUAAAUGGUGCAGAGGUGGAACGGAAGGUAGUUGAGGAAACUGAGGAGCCUGUAGUGGAGUGCCAGGAGUGUGAGACUGACACAUCCUCCUCUAGAACUACAGUUGGCUCAUCGCUGACGUCAGGGGACCUUGGUGAUGUCAGCUCCUUUUCCUCUAAGGCCUCAAGCCUCCACCGCACAUCCAGUGGAGCAAGCAGCAGUCUCUCUGCCACACACAGCAGCAGUUCAGCACGAGGCACUGGAGCUGUCAAAGGGAAAGUGUGUGGUACAGAAAGUGGAGAGUUUGCUUUACCCAUUGGCAGAGGUGUCUUAGGGAAACUAAGCCCUAGGAAAGGAGUUGGUCAACCAGUAUCUCCUCUCAGAGUUAGUCAGGCAGGAGCAGCACUUCUGUGUGAGGAAGAGGAGGACUCUAUGCUUGGUCCUCGCCAGGGUGGCAAAGCACCUGUGACACCUCGUGGGCGAGGAAGAAGAGGCCGCCCACCGUCCCGAACAACUGGAACAAGAGAUUUGGCUGGGAUUCCUGUUUUGGAGGAUCUCUCAACUACAGGAUCACCUGAGGAGAAAUCAUUUGUUCGUACAACUCGCCUACCAGAUGGAGGGGAGAAGUCUGACACAUCUGGCUUCUGUGCCUUACGUCGAAGUGACUCUCCAGAAAUCCCAUUACAGGUGGUGGCUGGUCCUUCAGACUGUGCAGACUCAUCUGCUGGGAGCAGCUUUGUGGGCCUCAGGGUUGUAGCAAAGUGGUCUUCAAAUGGGUACUUCUAUUCUGGGAUGAUUACUCAAGAUGUUGGAGCGGGGAAAUACAAACUUCUCUUUGAUGAUGGAUAUGAAUGCGAUGUACUAGGAAAAGAUAUUUUGCUCUGUGACCCUAUCCCAUUGGAGACUGAAGUAACUGCGCUCUCAGAGGAUGAGUACUUCAGUGCAGGUGUAGUGAAGGGGCACCGGAAGGAGUCUGGAGAGCUAUAUUAUUGCAUUGAAAAGGAAGGCCAGAGGAAGUGGUACAAGCGAAUGGCUGUGAUCCUGUCUUUGGAACAAGGAAAUAAGCUCCGAGAGCAGUUUGGACUAGGUCCUUAUGAACCUGUCACCCCCCUGACUAAGGCAGCUGAUAUCAGUCUUGAUAAUCUUGUGGAGGGGAAGCGGAAGCGACGCAGCAACCUUGUCUCUCCCAGCUCCUCCAGUAGUAGCACAACUCCCACUCGUAAAGGGAUGGAAAGUCCACGUGUGCCACCAGGUGUACUUUCUGGCAAGAGGAAACUUGUUGCUUCUGAGGAAGAGAAAUCCCCAGCUAAACGUGGCCGUAAGUCAGCAACAGUAAAGCCUGGGGCUGUGAAAACAGGAGAGUUUGUGAGUACCUGUGAAGGCAUAGAUCCCCCACUACUGGAGGAUCAUCAUGGACCAUUGCCGCACAAUAAGACUCUCUUUUUGGGCUAUGCCUUUCUUCUCACCAUGGCAACACCCAGUGACAAACUGGCCAAUUGCCUGAAGCCUUCAGAUGGUCCUGCAGGGAGUAGUGAGGAGGAAGAAGAAUUCUUAGAGAUGACUCCAUAUAACAAACAUUAUAUAGCACAGCAGCUGCGAGCAGGAGCGGGCUAUAUCCUGGAAGACUUUAAUGAAACACAGUGUAAUGCAGCAUAUCAGUGUCUUUUAAUUGCGGAUCAGCAUUGUCGAACACGGAAAUACUUGCUGUGCCUUGCUCGAGGGAUCCCUUGCGUGUCUCAUAUCUGGGUUUACGAUAGCUGUCAUGCUAACCAGCUUCAGAAUUACCGGAAUUACCUUUUGCCAGCUGGGUACAGCCUGCAGGAGCAAAAACUGCUAGAAUGGCACCCACGAGAAAACCCAUUCCAUAACCUGAAGGUUCUCCUAGUAUCAGAUCAGCAGCAGAAUUUCCUGGAUCUGUGGUCUGAAAUCCUUAUGACUGGUGGAGCAUCUUCUGUUAAACAGCAUUUUUCAAAUGCUAACAACAAAGAUAUUGCACUGGGUGUUUAUGAUGUGGUGGUGACUGACCUUUCCUGCCCAGCUGUCGUCUUGAAGUGCGCAGAGGCAUUAAGGCUGCCUGUUGUCUCACAAGAGUGGGUGAUCCAGAGCCUUAUUGCUGGAGAGAGAGUAGGCUACAACAAGCAUCCAAAAUACAAACAUGACUAUGUCCCUCAUUAAGCUGAAACUUUGUCCUGCUGCCCCAUCGUUGUGCAGACUGUUUUAAUCAGGUUUUAAAUGUUUGUGGAAUUGGACAGCGUGCAUGGUUUAUUGUAUAUAGUUUUAUCUGCUGAACUUUUAUCAUGAAAUAAAUGUUCAAUCUCUUGUGUUA